ACGCAAUUCACGAAUUGUUAAAAUUCAUAAUACGAGUUCGAUAACUUUACCAAAAUCAAUAAAUUGAGAGGUGCCUCUAGUCUAGGAAGAUGUCCGACAUUUUUGACUCGAUCUGUGAAAGUGGUGAUGAUGUAAAGGUAUCACCAGACCAUGAACCUAGUGAUACUCUUGAUAGGCCUACUGAUGGGAUGAAGAUGGAAUUACCUGAAGAUAGACAUGACAUGGACUUAAGUGUUAGUCAUGGAACAAGCAUUGAACAGAAUGGUCAUGUGAAAGCAGAGAUAGGUGGUGGUUCGGCUUCUGACCCUGGUUAUCCAUCAGACCAAUAUGAUGGAGAGUUCAUUAAGACAGAAUUUAUUCAUCAGGCAGACUCGCCGGUAUCUGAUUACCCAGGUCUACUAGACUUGAAUAGGAUCAAAACAGAGCCUGGUCUAGAGCAGAACUUGUCCAAUGAUCCUGUAGAAUAUAAUGGUGGUUUGAAAAUCCUUAAUCAAAUAAAAAAGGCACCAAAUCAUUGUGAACUAUUGACUCCUGUGUCAAAUGAAUCUUAUCAGAUUGAAUAUGCAAUAAAAACACCUUUUCAACUUGGACAAGACCACAAUACCUGCACCUUCAAGUCCGAAUAUCAUGAUUCUUAUGCCAGCAUCAAAACUGAGAGUGAGUCCUCCUCUGGUUGCCCAGCUGAACCGUCAUGGGGUACCUUUAUAAUUGCACCUGACCAGAGUCGUGUACCUUUAACUGAUGCAGGGACCAUCAAUAUGACACAGAUUGGACAGACAUUGAUGAAACAUGAACCGGAUGAUGAGCUGAACCUUGAUGCGGAGAGAAAUGUUGGAUUGUUGAAGAUCGAUGUGGAUGACACUCUUCAUCCUGUACCUGGCAUGAGGGGGUACAUGGAGCGUGAUGAUCAUGAAGGGGUCUCGUACAAUUAUAAUAUGGUACACGAUAAAGACUCGCUCACAUCGGCUGAACUGCUUGCUUCUGAAGCCACUCACAAUGUUUCUGCACAAGCUUUAGACUUGAGUACAGGCCCCAACAGAAGAUAUCCUUUCCUGCAGUCGCAAUACCUACAUCACAUAGGGUCACCUGUGACAGCCCAUAACCUUGUGAUGGGAACGUCUCACAGAUGUGAGCAGUGUGAUGAGGUAUUCACCUCCAGCAAUGAUCUGAUGCGACACAGGACUAUCCAUGCGGGAGAAAAACCAACUGUUGGUGACAAAAAGUUGUUGUCAAGACAUGAUGACGAGUCUGACCGAGAGAAAGAACAUGGUGAUCCUGAAGAACGAUCAAUUGGCUGUGACAAGUUUGGGAAAGCAGACACCAGGGGGAGUAUUCUUACAGGACAUAGACUUAUUCAUACAAGAGAAAGACCAUUUUCUUGUGAUCAGUGUGAUAAAACCUUUGGCUCUUCGAGUCAUCUUGUUGUACAUAAACGUUCUCACACAGAAGAAAGACCAUUUUCAUGUGACCAGUGUGACAAAACAUUUAAAAGCUAUAGUGGUUUCGUGACACAUAAAUAUAUUCAUACAGGAGUAAGACCAUUUCAAUGUGACCAGUGUGAGAAGGCAUUUAGCACUUCCAGUCAUCUUGUCCGACAUAAGCGCAUUCACACAGGAGAAAGGCCAUGCAAAUGUGAUGAGUGUGAUAAAACAUUUAGCAGUUCUAGUCAUCUUUUGAGACAUCAGCGUAUUCACACAGGGGAAAAGCCAUUCACUUGCGGCUGGUGUGGUAAAGCUUUCAGCCAUUCUGGUACUCUCGCACAUCAUGAACACAUUCAUACUGGUGAAAGACCAUUUGCUUGCGACCAGUGUGACAAAACAUUCAUUAGUAAUGGUGAACUUGUAAAACAUAAGCGUAUUCACACUGGAGAAAGACCAUUUGAAUGUGAUCAGUGUCAAAAGGCAUUCAAAAGCGGUAGCGAUCUUGGUAAGCACAAACGUAUUCAUACUGGUGAAAGGCCAUUCACAUGUGACCAAUGUCAAAAGGCAUUUAAAGACCGCAGCACUCUUGUGCAUCAUCAACUUAUUCAUACUGGAGAAAAACCAUUCUCUUGUGACCAAUGUCAGAAAGCUUUUCAAUUUAAGUGCAGUCUUGAGCGGCAUGAGCUUAUUCAUACAGGAGAAAAACCAUUCACAUGUGACGAGUGUCAAAAAGGAUUUCAGUCUAAAUGCAGUCUUAAGUAUCAUAAAUAUAUUCAUAGUGGAGAAAGACCAUUCCCAUGUGACAAGUGUGAUAAAGCUUUCAGCCACCCGAGUGAUCUUGCAGCGCACAAGCGUAUUCAUACUGGGGAAAAACCAUUCCAGUGUGGCACGUGUCUUAAAGCAUUCAAUAACAGCAGUAAUUUUCGUAAGCAUCGCCGAAUUCAUAUUGGAGAAAUGGCAUUCAAAUGUGAUCAGUGUCCGGAAACAUUUAAAAGCAGUAAUGAAUUUAUGAUGCACAGGCUUGUUCAUACGGGAGAAGGCCUAUUCACCGCAACCAGUGUCCUCGAGCACUAAAAGCAGCUGUGAUUUUGUAACUCGUAAAUGUAUUCAUAUAUCUCCAGGGGCCAAAUCAACCAAACUAGGGAGACCCUAUAAAUGAGACUGGUGUGGUUAGACAUAAAAAAGCAAUAGUAAGCUUGUGGUGCAUUGACAUAAUCACACAGUAGAAAGUCUGGUACUUGCAUGUGAUCAGUGUGACAGAGCACUUCAAAGCUCUCUGGUAUCGUCCGCAUAAAUGUCCUCCUAUGCUAUUUGAACCUGGAUUAUGGAUACAUAAAGCUGUCAUGCGUGAGGGCAUGCUGGAUGAAAACAUACUGUACUAUAAACUAUAUUCAUGUGAACAUAUCUUCAGCUUCCCCUGCACUGGAACCCAGUAGUAAUCAAGUGUUUUGGUUGGGUAUUAUCAUAUAGGGAAAAAGUCAAAUAAAUCGUAAUAAAUUUGUUUUAUAUUGUGUUACUGUUUGUAUCUGUAUAUAUUAGUAGAUUUUUGCUGUACUGGUGCCUCUAUGAAU